CGCUUCCGUGGGAAUGCGAGCAGGAAAGGCUUUGAGAAUGCAAGCAUGAAAGGUGGUGUUCUGCAGUCCUCUGGGAACCCCCCCACUUCCCGGAGCGCUGGGGAUGCUAAAAGGAUCUUCCUUGCUUCCCCACACCUCCCCCCACCGGCGUUGGGACAAAAUGGCCAAAUGUUAGCAAAUAAUGUGUGCGGGGGCGGGGGCGCCGAGCACAAGGUGGAGAAGCCGCGGGAGCGCGCGGAGACCCCCCGCCUGGCGGCCCCCAGCAGACAGGGCCGCGGGGGGCGAGGAGGGGGGCGGCUAGGCUCGCGGGAGCUCGCCGGGCAGGGCGCCUCCCAGGAAGGCGGGGAGGGGAGCGCCUGUUUACCCAGGAGGGCUGUGCUGAUAGCACGUUCCUGGAGUUUACUUUGCUUUCCUUGAGUUUAUUGUAAAGGGGUAAAGUUUUCGGAUCCGUCACGUGACCCUGACAGGUCCUGCCUAUGGCGCGGCAGACCACCCACGCCGAGGGCCAUGGAACUGCUUAAUAGAAACAGGCUUGUAAUUGUGAGUCCGCGCUGCACUCCGCCGAAAGCCUCCGGCGGCCCAGCGCGCCGGGGUUUUUACACUUUCCGUUCCUUUUGUAAAGACGGAGGAGGAGGAGGAGAAGAAGAAAACGGAGGAGAAGAAAAAGACGACGACAGGGGAGACAAAGAGACCCGCAGCGACAAGGGGAAGGCUACUGGCCGGAAAGCGCCGCUGUGGCUGAGAGCGAAGUUUCAGAGACUCUUAUUUAAACUGGGUUGUUACAUUCAAAAAAACUGCGGCAAGUUCUUGGUUGUGGGCCUCCUCAUAUUUGGGGCCUUCGCGGUGGGAUUAAAGGCAGCGAACCUCGAGACCAACGUGGAGGAGCUGUGGGUGGAAGUUGGAGGACGAGUAAGUCGAGAAUUAAAUUAUACUCGCCAGAAGAUUGGAGAAGAGGCUAUGUUUAAUCCUCAACUCAUGAUACAGACCCCUAAAGAGGAAGGUGCUAACGUCCUGACCACAGAAGCGCUCCUACAACACCUGGACUCGGCGCUCCAGGCCAGCCGUGUCCACGUAUACAUGUACAACAGGCAGUGGAAAUUGGAACAUUUGUGUUACAAAUCAGGAGAGCUUAUCACAGAAACAGGUUACAUGGAUCAGAUAAUAGAAUAUCUUUACCCUUGUUUGAUUAUUACACCUUUGGACUGCUUCUGGGAAGGGGCGAAAUUACAGUCUGGGACAGCAUACCUCCUAGGUAAACCUCCUUUGCGGUGGACAAACUUCGACCCUUUGGAAUUCCUAGAAGAGUUAAAGAAAAUAAACUAUCAAGUGGACAGCUGGGAGGAAAUGCUGAAUAAGGCUGAGGUUGGUCGUGGUUACAUGGACCGCCCCUGCCUUAAUCCAGCUGAUCCAGACUGCCCCGCCACAGCCCCCAACAAAAAUUCAACCAAACCUCUUGAUAUGGCCCUUGUUUUGAAUGGUGGAUGUCAUGGCUUAUCCAGAAAGUAUAUGCACUGGCAGGAGGAGUUGAUUGUGGGUGGCACAGUCAAGAACAGCACUGGAAAACUCGUCAGCGCCCACGCCCUGCAGACCAUGUUCCAAUUAAUGACUCCCAAGCAAAUGUACGAGCACUUCAAGGGGUACGAGUAUGUCUCACACAUCAACUGGAACGAGGACAAGGCGGCAGCCAUCCUGGAGGCCUGGCAGAGGACGUAUGUGGAGGUGGUUCAUCAGAGUGUUGCACAGAACUCCACUCAAAAGGUGCUUUCCUUCACCACCACGACCCUGGACGACAUCCUGAAAUCCUUCUCUGACGUCAGUGUCAUCCGCGUGGCCAGCGGCUACUUACUCAUGCUCGCCUAUGCCUGUCUAACCAUGCUGCGCUGGGACUGCUCCAAGUCCCAGGGUGCCGUGGGGCUGGCUGGCGUCCUGCUGGUUGCACUGUCAGUGGCUGCAGGACUGGGCCUGUGCUCAUUGAUCGGAAUUUCCUUUAACGCUGCAACAACUCAGGUUUUGCCAUUUCUCGCUCUUGGUGUUGGUGUGGAUGAUGUUUUUCUUCUGGCCCACGCCUUCAGUGAAACCGGACAGAAUAAAAGAAUCCCUUUUGAGGACAGGACCGGGGAGUGCCUGAAGCGCACAGGAGCCAGCGUGGCCCUCACGUCCAUCAGCAAUGUCACAGCCUUCUUCAUGGCCGCGUUAAUCCCAAUUCCCGCUCUGCGGGCGUUCUCCCUCCAGGCAGCGGUAGUAGUGGUGUUCAAUUUUGCCAUGGUUCUGCUCAUUUUUCCUGCAAUUCUCAGCAUGGAUUUAUAUCGACGCGAGGACAGGAGACUGGAUAUUUUCUGCUGUUUUACAAGCCCCUGUGUCAGCAGAGUGAUUCAGGUUGAACCUCAGGCCUACACCGACACACACGACAAUACCCGCUACAGCCCCCCACCCCCCUACAGCAGCCACAGCUUUGCCCACGAAACACAGAUUACCAUGCAGUCCACUGUCCAGCUCCGCACGGAGUACGACCCCCACACGCACGUGUACUACACUACCGCCGAGCCGCGCUCUGAGAUCUCCGUGCAGCCCGUCACCGUGACACAGGACACCCUCAGCUGCCAGAGCCCAGAGAGCACCAGCUCCACAAGGGACCUGCUCUCCCAGUUCUCCGACUCCAGCCUCCACUGCCUCGAGCCCCCCUGUACCAAGUGGACACUCUCAUCUUUUGCUGAGAAGCACUAUGCUCCUUUCCUCUUGAAACCAAAAGCCAAGGUAGUGGUGAUCUUCCUUUUUCUGGGCUUGCUGGGGGUCAGCCUUUAUGGGACCACCCGAGUGAGAGACGGGCUGGACCUUACGGACAUUGUACCUCGGGAAACCAGAGAAUAUGACUUUAUUGCUGCACAAUUCAAAUACUUUUCUUUCUACAACAUGUAUAUAGUCACCCAGAAAGCAGACUACCCGAAUAUCCAGCACUUACUUUACGACCUUCACAGGAGUUUCAGUAACGUGAAGUAUGUCAUGUUGGAAGAAAACAAACAGCUUCCCAAAAUGUGGCUGCACUACUUCAGAGACUGGCUUCAGGGACUUCAGGAUGCAUUUGACAGUGACUGGGAAACCGGGAAAAUCAUGCCAAACAAUUACAAGAAUGGAUCAGAUGAUGGAGUCCUUGCCUACAAACUCCUGGUGCAAACCGGCAGCCGCGAUAAGCCCAUCGACAUCAGCCAGUUGACUAAACAGCGUCUGGUGGAUGCAGAUGGCAUCAUUAAUCCCAGCGCUUUUUACAUCUACCUGACGGCUUGGGUCAGCAAUGACCCCGUCGCGUAUGCUGCUUCCCAGGCCAACAUCCGGCCACACCGACCGGAAUGGGUCCACGACAAAGCCGACUACAUGCCUGAAACAAGGCUGAGAAUCCCGGCAGCAGAGCCCAUCGAGUAUGCCCAGUUCCCUUUCUACCUCAACGGCUUGCGGGACACCUCAGACUUUGUGGAGGCAAUUGAAAAAGUAAGGACCAUCUGCAGCAACUAUACGAGCCUGGGGCUGUCCAGUUACCCCAACGGCUACCCCUUCCUCUUCUGGGAGCAGUACAUCGGCCUCCGCCACUGGCUGCUGCUGUUCAUCAGCGUGGUGUUGGCCUGCACAUUCCUCGUGUGCGCCGUCUUCCUUCUGAACCCCUGGACGGCUGGGAUCAUUGUGAUGGUCCUGGCGCUGAUGACGGUCGAGCUCUUCGGCAUGAUGGGCCUCAUUGGAAUUAAGCUCAGCGCCGUGCCCGUGGUCAUCCUGAUCGCUUCUGUUGGCAUAGGAGUGGAGUUCACCGUUCACGUUGCUUUGGCCUUUCUGACGGCCAUCGGCGACAAGAACCGCAGGGCUGUGCUUGCCCUGGAGCACAUGUUUGCACCCGUCCUGGAUGGCGCCGUGUCCACUCUGCUGGGAGUGCUGAUGCUUGCGGGAUCUGAGUUCGACUUCAUUGUCAGGUAUUUCUUUGCUGUGCUGGCGAUCCUCACCAUCCUCGGCGUUCUCAAUGGGCUGGUUUUGCUUCCCGUGCUUUUGUCUUUCUUUGGACCAUAUCCUGAGGUGUCUCCAGCCAAUGGCUUGAACCGCCUGCCCACACCCUCCCCUGAGCCACCCCCCAGCGUGGUCCGGUUCGCCAUGCCUCCUGGCCACAUGCACAGCGGGUCUGAUUCCUCCGACUCGGAGUAUAGUUCCCAGACGACAGUGUCAGGCCUCAGCGAGGAGCUUCGGCACUACGAGGCCCAGCAGGGCGCGGGAGGCCCUGCCCACCAAGUGAUCGUGGAAGCCACAGAAAACCCCGUCUUCGCCCACUCCACUGUGGUCCAUCCCGAAUCCAGGCAUCACCCACCCUCAAACCCGCGACAGCAGCCCCACCUGGACUCAGGGUCCCUGCCUCCCGGACGGCAAGGCCAGCAGCCCCGCAGGGACCCCCCCAGAGAAGGCUUGUGGCCACCCCCCUACAGACUGCGCAGAGACGCUUUUGAAAUUUCUACUGAAGGGCAUUCUGGCCCUAGCAAUAGGGACCGCUGGGGCCCCCGCGGGGCCCGUUCUCACAACCCUCGGAACCCAGCGUCCACUGCCAUGGGCAGCUCCGUGCCCGGCUACUGCCAGCCUAUCACCACUGUGACAGCUUCUGCCUCCGUGACUGUCGCCGUGCACCCGCCGCCUGUCCCCGGGCCUGGGCGGAACCCCCGAGGGGGGCUCUGCCCGGGCUACCCUGAGACUGACCACGGCCUGUUCGAGGACCCCCACGUGCCUUUCCACGUCCGGUGUGAGAGGAGGGAUUCGAAGGUGGAAGUCAUUGAGCUGCAGGACGUGGAGUGCGAGGAGAGGCCCCGGGGAAGCAGCUCCAACUGA